AUGGAUGUUUCUGGAGAAGCCUGUUGCAAUGCCUGUCAAAAUGAAUUGACCUCGAAAUCAGCGAUUCUAUCAGUCAAAUCCAUGGGUAGGUUUAUUUUUUAUUUUCACUUCUUUCAUUAAUUUUAUCAUUUUAGGCGCUUUCUUGACUUUUCGCCCAUCCCCUGAGAUCAUUUUUAGCCGGAUUCGCGAGCUGGUCUUCUCAUAUUUGGCCGCUGGUGAUGUGGAUGUUCGAGAUCAGCUGUUCGCAAUUCACGCGAUUAUUAAUGAUGUUUAUUAUUUGAAAAUUACGUUCGACACCAGAAGAUGCUGCCGUCUUUUUUAUGAGGCUGUAGAGAAAUACAACUCUACAGUGUGAGUUCUUUUUUGGUUGUUGCCGUUAUCUAAUUGUAUUUUUCAGUUCUUUGAACAGAAAAAUUGGGUUUGUCAGUCUCGGUGGAUUCCUCGACUCGGUGCCAAUUUUCAUCAGAUAUUCGAGUCAGCCUCCUGUUCGACAUAAUGAAGAAAGUCGAUCGCGUCAAGAAACCAGAAGUGACGUUAUUGAGGAAUCAUUCGUCCCAUUGUUAUCUUCGACGUUUAGACAAGGAAGUUCGCAUGUGAGUUCGAUCUGUAUUUUUGACCUGGUUGGUGUGCGCUAAAAAAUUGUGGUUUUGAAAAACGUGACUUACUUGAGAAUUUCACUUGAGCCAUUUUUCCCCAUUGAAUUUCCACUGCAGCUGGGAGAUUUAUAAACCGUUGAAUAGUGGUUGAUUAACCAAAGUUUUAAUAACGGUUAAUCAAUGAGGUACCAACGGUGUUAAUCCAUCGUUGAUCAAUCAUAACAAAUUAUGCAAAUCAGAAGAAAUAUGUAACAUAAAACAUUAAACAAAUAACGAAUAAAACUAUGACAAAUUGGUCAAAAAUUAUGAAUUUCAAGAUAUUUUAGGUUAAAAUUGAUAAAAAUUAUGUGUUUUGAGCUACAUAUAACGUAUGAGAAACAAGAGAAUGAAGAAAUCAGAUGAAGGACAUUUCAAUUUUCAACUCUAAUAGGGAAUGUUACAUUGAUACUCAUGAAACAAAUGUUGGUGUAAUUGAAUGAAACUGAAAAUGGGCUUUUUUUUCCAUCAAACAUUGAAAAACUGAACAUUUCUCAGUUUUCGGCCUAAAAUCAUGUUCAAUGUGUGAAUUUCCAAGUUCUAAAGAAAUUUGCUGCUUGAUCCUGGAUGGGGAACAUGUUUUACACAUUUCUGGCAGCUUACAACGCUUAAUAUCUCAAAAAAACGCGAAACACACAAAAAAACGAAAAAAAAAGAAAAAACUCAGAGAAGUUGGACGAUUAAUCGCCUAGUAACUUGAAUUAGCUGCUGGCUGACCGAUUAAUCGCCUGUGUUAAUUUAGUUCAGGCGAUUAAUCGUAAGUUCACUUUACUCGGCGAUUAAUCGUACAACUUGUCUGAGAAAAUUGUGGCGUGCAUUUCGUCCGAGAGAAGUACACACACACACAUUUCGCUACAGGACCAUUUCAUUGAAAUGUCUGCGCCUUUAAUUUUUUACCUAUCAAACUCAUUUUGGUGAAAAAUGAUAAACACCAUUCGACGCAGAAUUUCGAGCUGAACAAAAUGAUUAUAAAUUCAUCUUUUGUUUCGACCGAUUCUCAGGGAAUUUGGUUUUUUAUUAGUUUGAAGCUACACUUUGCAAAUUGAUUAUUUUUUCAACGCCGAGAAAGAUGCCGCUGAAUAAUCCGGAUCAGAAUGCAGACGUGCUAAAAAAUUAACUCGAAAUCGGGAAUUUUCGAAGAAGAACACACGUUUUUGAAAUCCUACAACUUAUGUUAGAAUGACUUUUUGAGAACUUUGGAGAGUUAGGUAGAAAAACUUGAAACGGGAAUUUUCUCAGAGAAACACUGAAAAUCUAUCAAUAUGAUAUAUCCCCUAUUGGAAAGGUCUUGGCGCUGCUCACACACUUCCCUCGUUGAUGAAAAACAUCCAUCAAGUUGAACUAUUCAACAGUAGUAUCUUCUUUUUAUCGUUUAACAUCAAUAAGUCAACGAACUAUCCAGUUCAGCAAAAUUCCAUCCAUGAAACUUUUUAUAUUUAACCUUACUAAAAAAUUCAAUAAACAAUUGAUAAACCAUUGAUUAAAAAUUGUUUUUAAUCAACCAUUAAUCAAGUUCAAUCAUUUAAUUAUUUCAGCUUCAACGUGUUCUAAUUGACAAUGGCGAUGAACUCAUUUCCGAUCCGGAAACUGAACCGGAAACCGAACUGGAAACCGAACCGGAAACCGAACUGGAAACUGAAUCGGAAACCGAACAGGAAACCGAACAAGAAACCGAACCGGAAACCGAAGCCGAACAAACGAUAGAAGAAACACCAAUUUUGGUAACCAAAAGAGAAAGUGAGUUUUUGUCUGGAAACCUCUUGUUUUUGUGAUAGAUGCUAGUUCGAAAAAAAAAAUGAAAAAAGAAAUAGACGAGCAAAUCUGCUCCAGUCGCAAUUUUUCUGUCCGCUAACUAGCCGCUAGCUAGCGCUAGCUGGCGGCGAGGAAGAUGCGCUCGCCCCUUCCCUUUUUUGAGAAUGCGAGCUGGCGGACAGCCUCUGCUAGCUUUCGACAGCUCGCAACCUCGCGGACGAGUAUAGGUUUAAAUGAUAAAAAUCGUCUUUUAAAUCGGGACGGAUUAAACUUUCAUUUUACAGAAACUGAACAAAGGAAAUGUUAUCUCCAUCUUCUUGAGCUGAAAGGAAAUGAGUUGAAAACAGCAAUACACUCCACAAAUUUUGUGCCACUUGUUCGCAAGUGUUUGAAUUGUAAGAGAGAAGUUGCUUUGAAAGAAGAAGAAAAAGGUGUCUUUUCAGUGAGUUUUACUUGAAAAAAGUUCUACGAGUCAUUGUAAUCUAUUAAAUUUUCAGUUCCGAUGUAAUUGUGGGACACGGGAAGGAGCUCGCUCGAACACGUGUUUUUCACGAACAAAUUUGUCAUGGGAGAAGAUUGUAUCGAUUAUUUUUGGAUUUUCUAAAGGGUAAAUUCCAUAAUUCACUUUGAUUGUUUUACAAAACGAUCAAAUAUUAAAAAAUGUCCAAAAAAUAUUUUUUCAAGAUUUGAUAACAAAAAAAUCAAGGAACUGACGAAAUCGACAACCCACGCCAUCCAAAAUCUGCGCGAUGCUCUUCAAUUCGUUGAUCCAUCGUAAGUCUUAGUUCAAAUGGUGGGAAAUGUUUGUAAUCUGGGGGAAUGUUUUACAUAAAUAAUUCACUAAUAAUACUUUCAAAUGUUAAAUUAUUAUUAUUUCAGAUCAGACUUCGAUGGUUUUAUACAAACUAUUGCAACUCACAAUCAAAGUUUGAUGGAACAACGAAAAGACUGA